AUGAAAAACAGGAAUUUUUUACUAUAUAUAAUUUUUUUUAUUUUUUUUUUAAUUCAAACUUUAAAUUCACAACAAAUAUACUCGAUAGAUAAAACUGCAAAAUGCGAACCUUAUAUAGGCGAAACCCCAUGCGAUGAAUUUUUAGAUUAUGAUUCAAUUUAUACAACAGCUACUCAAACCCAAGCAGGUUCAAAAUCAUUAUCAAGCAAUGUUGAUUUAUUAAAAGUUCUGGGUGAAGGAUGUAACUCGAUUAAUACAUUCAGAACAGCUUGCUCAUUCCUCUUUCCAAAAUGUGUAGAAUAUAAAAAUAACAAUACAAAUGAGGUCGCUGCCUUCCCAGUAUUAACGUGUAAUGCCCAAUGUGUCAAUACUACAAAUAAAUCAUGUAAAGAAACCGGUUUUAUCAUUAAUUGUGACAAAAAUGUAACAAAUACCACAGACCCACUAUUUCCAAUAAAAAAUCAAAUUUAUAACCUUACCUCAAUUGGUGGAUCUGACAACUAUACAAUAGAGUGCAACAACCCAUAUUUAGAAAAUGGUUGGGGUGGUGUCGAAGAAGAUUGUUUUAUUUUAAAGAGACAUCCAUCUACAGAUCAUGCAGCAGACGAAAAAAAAGGUUACCUCUUUGUUAAUGAGAAAAGUAAUUGUGUUAUUCCAAACCCUGUUCCAUUAUUUACAGACAAACAGUGGACCCAGCUCUACAAUCUUUCAAACGUAUUAUCAGUACUUUCAUGCUUAGGAGCUUUGUAUUUAUUUAUUACCUAUAAUGUAGUUAAUCCAAAAAUAUCUCAAUACGAUAAAAUGCAUGGUUUUUUCAAUUUUUCAAUAUUUUUGCAAAGUUUAAGUGGGGUUAUCAUUUUAUUUGCUGGUGGCCCAAGAUCUUUAAUUCAUGAUGAUGGUGCUAGAAUUUCUGUAUGGGAGGAUCCAUUGUGCUCAUCAACAGGCUUUAUAUUUCAACUUUCCUCUAUUAUGGCUAUCGAAUGGUGGGUUUUAAUGGCAUUUGACUUGUGGUAUAGAUUACACUUUACAAACAAACGUUUAAAUUUAAUGAAAUUUUAUGUACCAUUUACAAUUACUCUUGCAUUAGUUUUCAGUAUUGUUCCACUGGCAACCAAAAACUACAGAAUGAUCAGAGGUAAUAUGCAUUGUUGGGUGAAUACAACAAAGUUACAAAAUGGACUAUUUUGGAUCCCACUUGGUAUCGCACUUUUUAUUGGAACAUGCUUUUUAGUUGGUGUAAUUAUCGAAAUUUAUAAAGUUGUUCGUGCAAGUAAAAGAGGGGGUGUAUUUUUAUUGGAAGUUAAACCAAUUCUAAACAUUGUUUUAAUUUUCUUUACCUUUUUAUAUUUAUUUGCUUUUAAUUUUUAUAUGAACGAUCAAGGUGAUAUUGUAUAUGGCCAAAUCCCCGAUUAUUUUAAAUGUGUUUCCACCUCUGACAAACCCCAAGAUUGUGUAAUUAAAGGCCCAUCCAUAGGCUCUUUAGGUUUCUUUAUUUUCUGUAUUAGAAUUUAUGGAGUUUAUUGUUUCUUUUUACAAGGUCUUACACCAAGAGCAAAGAAAAUUUGGAAAAAAUCAUGGUUAUUAAAUAAUAAAUUAGCAAAAUAUGUUAAAAAAUCGCUCGACUCUUCAUCAACAAGCUCAACAAAUGCCAACACUUCAUCAACAAAAGAUACAUCAAAAAUGGGUAUGACUACAAUGGACUCAUCUCUUUCAGCUAAUAACCCCUCAGAUGACGAAGAGGAUUAUGAUCCAUAUCAUGUCAAAGUUUCAACAAAAAACAGAUUAAGCACAAGUCUUAAAGAUAUAAAGAUUGCAUCCACCCCAAACGAAGGUAAUGAAAUAUCAGAUAACACUACCCCUGGAAAUAAUUAA